AUAAACACCCCGUCCCAUACGAUCGCAGGGCGUUCAGCGUUUAACAUAACUGCCGAAUUUGACGGAUACGACCAGCAGGUAGCAUUUGUAUUGGAGCCGAACCGGGGCCUCAUCACGCAAGAAACACGAAUCCGCUAUUUAGACAGCGGCCAAAAUAUCGAGGAUGCAGAGCCGAUCCCAGAACAGUCGUACGAUGUCACUAAAGGCGCGGUAUGGACAAAGCUGCCUGGCCAGCCUUGGAACGAGGUUGGAUGGGCGAGGUUAAUGGUCACUCGAGAAGGACCGUCCCCAUUGUUUGAAGGCACAUUCACAAUAUCAGACGAAGUAUUUGAGAUCCAAACGCAGGAUGCUGGCUCAUCCGGUACUGCUAAGGGUGGAGAACUCAAAGUCUAUCCAGCUUCGGCCAUAGACUCGACAGACUCGGCAGGGCUUGCUUCGAACGGAACCGGAUGUAUGACUGCCCCAGGGUCGGUUUUUCACAAACGACAGACUUCGUCGAGUGAAACCACAUCGGGAUUUGGGAGCUCGUCCGACUGCUUCGAUACGGAACGGGUUGCGUAUAUUGGGAUUGCAAUCGACUGCUCGUACAGGAAUUCGUUCGACUCUGAUGCGGAUGCGAGGCGUAAUGUCAUUAAUGUUGUAAACACGGCAUCCGUUGUCUUUGAAAGCAGCUUCAACAUAGCCCUGGCAAUUCAAGAUAUGGUGAUGAGCGAGUCGGAAUGUUCAAACAGCACGCCUGCCGCGCAUCAAUGGAAUAUGCCCUGCUCGACAGGCGAUUUGAGCUCGCGGCUGAAUAAAUUCGGUGAUUGGAGGAGUACCGUUCAGGAUACCAAUGCUUUCUGGACGCUUAUGACAGGUUGCGUGCCUCCAGCUGGCGAAGUAGGCGAAUCUUGGGUGGGACAAGUAUGCAAGACACAGUAUGAUCCGUUCGGGUCCGGAACUGGGGCCAAUGUCGUUGCUCAUUCCAAAACUGAAUGGCAGGUGUUCGCUCACGAGUCCGCCCACAUGUUCGGUGCAAAUCAUGACUGCAGUUCUGACAGUUGCUCCUCUAACCAGGAUCCAUCUGAGGAUUGCUGCCCGUUGUCAUCGUCCGUAUGCGAUGCCAAAGAGGAAUACCUAAUGAAUCCGAUUGCCCACAAAAGAAUAACAGGCUUCUCGGCAUGCACAGUGGGAAGCAUCUGCUCUAAGAUAAGCCAGGCCGCCAUCGACACGCAAUGCCUCGUUACCCCCAAGGAAGUAGAGGAGCUGGGAGGUAAGGUGAAUCUCCCAGACGGUCAAUGUGGUAAUGGGAUUGUUGAGACUGGCGAGGCGUGCGACUGCGGAGGGGACUCAUGCGAUGAGUCUGGGGCGCGCUGCUGCGACCCAACGACUUGCCAGUGGAAGGAUGAAGAUUCCUGCUCUUUAUCGCAGCAUGGAAGUGGC